AUGUUCAGCUUCUGGAAUAUCAUCAGCGGGAGAACGUUCUACACCGUCGUCCUCUCCCUCAUGGUGCUCACAGGCCUAGGUGGGCUGGUGGGGAACGGCCUCAUGCUCUGGCUCCUGGGCUUCCGAGUGAAGAGGAACCCCUUCUCCCUCUACGUCCUGCACCUGGCGGGGGCCGACUUCCUCUUCCUGGGCUGCCAGACCGUGUUCACCAUCCUCACCUUCACCCAGGGCCCCCAGCAGCUCUACCUGGUGGUCGCGUUUUUAUGGUUCGCCGCUGGCCUGGGCCUGCUAGUGGCCCUGAGCCUGGAGCAGUGCCUGGCGGCCCUCUUCCCCAAGUGGAGCCGUCGCCGGCCCAAGCACAUGUCAGCCUGCACAUGCGUCCUGGUGUGGGCACUGUCCCUGCCGCUGGUCCUGGUGCCCAGCCAGGCCUGUGGCUUACUGAAUGGUGGCAGCUCGUGGCUGGCGUGUUUCAGAUACCACGUGGUGAGCGUCAUCUGCCUGUUCCUCCUCUUCUCCAUUCUCUGCGUAUCCAGCUUCAUCCUGCUGGUCCGGGUGCAAUGCUGCUCCCAGAGCAGCCAGAAGCCCCCAUUCUACUGCUACGUUCUCCAAAUGGUCCCCUUGUUCUUCUUCUGUGGCCUCCCCUUCCUCACCUACUGGACUUUAAAGAACACCAUGGGCUCCCUCAUGUGGUUUUUUUCUUUUUUCUUGUCCAUCGCUGAGCUCCUGGCCUGUGUGAACUGCAGCACCAAGCCCAUCAUUUACUUCUGCAAUGCCAAACACAGGCAGGAUCUCCAAAGGGCCUGGGCCAGGGGAGGGAAAAGCAGGUUGGCAGAGGCCCUGGAGAUGAUAGCCUGA